AUGAAGUCUGCUAUUAUCCUGUCGCUGGGCGCUCUUGCGCUUGCCGCACCAAAGCCUGAGUCGCAGCCGAAGAAGAUCUCUUACAGUCGCAAGCAGCACGAGACACGUGCAGAUGGCGAUAUCGAUUAUACUCCCUUCUUCACCGCGAUCAGGACCGCUGUGCGCAAGUACAAUUCGCAGAAAGAGCUCCCAGCAGCUAUCGAAAAGGCCGGACUGCAAAAGCGCACCAGCAACGAACCCUUGACAGAUGACGUUGAAGAUGGCACCGUCGACGAGCUGUACGUUCCCCUGGACACGUAUUUCUCUGCUACCUCAUACCUGACCAUGCUCUAGUUACUAUGGUGCGGGACAGGUCUCCGGUCAGACCUUCACCUUCGACUUUGACACUGGCUCAAGCGACACUUUCGUCCCAGGCCCUCAAUGCGGCACCGCACAGGGUUGCUCAGGUAGCACCAAGUACGAUCAGUCUGGUACUGACGAACACAACACUACUACUAUCACAUAUGGCUCCGGGAUGGUCAUGGGAGAGAACUACUACGACGACGUUACCAUCGCUGGCUUGACCGCCACACACCAAAACAUAAUCAGCUUGACCAAUGCUCAGGGCUUCUCCGGAACUGGAGCCGAUAGCUUAAUGGGAAUGGGUUUCGAGAGCAUUGCUCAAUCUAAGCAGCCUCCAUACUGGAUGACUCUCCUCAACGAGGGCAAUUUGAGCCCUUCCGAGUUCUCCUUCUACCUUGGUCGCGAGAAGAGCAACACCCAAAGCAAAUCAGAGAUGACUCUUGCUGGCCGCGAUAGCUCUCGAUACACAGGCUCUUUCACCAACGUCCCCGUCACGCAACAGGGUUACUGGCAGGUUGCCAUCGACGGCAUGUCUGUCGGCAAUGGCGCCGCUGUCGCUGGCUCGGCAGGCCAGGCUGCCAUUGACACUGGAACUACCCUCAUCCUCGCUCCCACUGCCGCCGUCGCUUCCCUCAUCACCCAAAUCCCAGGCGCCGUCCCUCUCCCCCUUGGAGAAGACAUGACCGCCAUCGCCUAUCCGUGCUCUUCCACGCCCCAGGUUAACCUAGGCUUCGCGGGCAAGAAGUUCGCCAUCAACAAGCUCGAUUUCCAGUUCCUCCCCGUCUCAGCCGCCCUCGGUGUGCAGAUGGACAGUGAUCCACUCACCUCGGUCUUGGAUCAGCUCCUGGAUGGCCUGCUGGGUGGUGCCGGUGGUGGUCUGCCGGCGAAUUAUUGCUUGGCCAGCGUGAUCGGCGGAGACCUGGACCCGACUGAGAACUUGUACGUCGUUGGCGAUGCUUUCUUGAAGAACUGGUACUCGACGUUCCACUACGACAGCCCAAGUAGCGCCUAUGUGGCUUUUGCAAAGUCUGUUUGA